AUGCCUCCUAAGUUCGACCCGAAUGAGGUGAAGGUUAUCCACCUCCGAGCCACCGGUGGUGAGGUUGGUGCGUCGUCGGCCCUGGCCCCGAAGAUCGGCCCUCUAGGUUUGUCACCGAAGAAGGUGGGCGAAGACAUCGCCAAGGCUACUGGUGACUGGAAAGGGUUGCGAGUGACAGUGAAGCUCACUAUUCAGAACCGCCAAGCUGCCGUGUCGGUCGUGCCUACCGCAUCCUCUCUGAUCAUCAAGGCGUUGAAGGAGCCACCUCGCGAUCGAAAGAAGGAGAAGAACAUCAAGCACAACAAGUCUGUAAGCCUGGAAGAGAUCAUUGACAUUGCCCGCACCAUGCGCUACAAGUCCUUUUCCAAGGAACUGAAGGGUACAGUCAAGGAGAUCUUGGGAACUGCCUACAGCGUUGGAUGCCAAGUUGAUGGCAAGCCUCCCAAGGCCAUCAUCGAGGGUAUUGACAGCGGCGAUAUUGACAGUAAGAAACCAUUCGCCAUCGUCUUGACAUGUGUCAUUGACGGCCGAGAUCAUUUUGUUAACGUAAUUGAACAGUCCCUGAGGAGUAACUUGCCUGGUUUGAGGCCCAAGUUUUUAUAG